AAUGAGCAAACAAUGGCCAGUGACCUUUCUUGGUAAGCUGUAGAUGGCUGUGGCUACAUCCCAAGCUGGCAGGCAAGGGAAAAGUGGCGAGCCAGUAAGCGAGAAGAUGCGCGCGCAAGCCAGAAAAAGGCGAGAGCUGGAGCGAGAGGGCUGUGUGCCGUGCGUCACUUGUGUCGUUUUGAACACGCUGUUCAAAAAUGUCAGGCUUAGCUGCACCAUAGCUGAGCUGUAGCGUACGUGAUAUACGAAGGAGACUCCAAAGAACGUCAUUCCAGGUCUGCGCGGCGUCUUGUCUUCUCUGCUUGGUCCCGCGCUACAGCAGCCCGCUACAAUUGCACGCUACACUACGCUCCACCGCUAGCUAAAGUAGUACUCGCUCGAACAAACGGUCAACAGGCAGCAUGGGCUCACGCAAGCAUGCUCUCGGCCUCCUUUCCCUCGUCUCGCCCACCGAUUUCUCUCACAACCCAGGCAAAAUUUUGAUGACGUAAUUUGGUUGCUAGGCAAUUAGUACGGUUGCUAGGCUACAAAUUGGUUAACGCCUUGGUUACCUUCAGGGGUACCGGAUAUCCCCUCAGCUGUUUACUCUAACCCCCUCGGGCUCCGCCCUCGGGUGUUAGAGUAAACAGCUUUGGCCGGUACCGCUUCAGAACCAGGCGUUAACCUAUACUCAGCCAAUGGCUACUACGUCAGUUUUUGCACAUGCGAGUUCAAUACUAGUUACUACUACAGCAAAGUGAAAAGCACUUGUCUUGACAACCCUCACCACUAUUCAGCUACAUAGCUACUAUAGCUACGCCACCUCUUGACUCCUUCACUGAACGGAUUCACUGGGGGCGUGUGCUGCUCUCACUUCACCGGCAAUCUCGAUCCUACUCAACUGUACCAUCAAUACAGCCAGACCAGUAAAUCUUCUCCACACACGCAAAGCACCUAGCAUCUCUAUCGCAUGGACCGAUACACUGAACCCAUUUUACUUACUCUCAGUAACUGUGUCAAAUUCUUCCAUUCCUCCCUUACUUACAGAGGUUUUGGGAGCGGUAGUGUCUGUCCUCAUCAUCUGGGUGGUGACGGGAGUCCUGGUGUACGAGGCCAUAAAGAGAUGCAUCUACAGAAACUUUGAAAUUGAAGCCAAUGUGAUGCUCAUUACCGCUGGAGCUGGAGUCUUUGUCAACAUCUUUAUGAUGGCUGUACUGCACCAGCACGGUCAUGGACACAGUCAUGGUGGGGGAGGACAUGGGCAUGGUGGAGGAGGACAUGGGCAUGAGAGGGGAAGAAGAGAAGUAGAGGAAGGAGAGGAGAGAGGGAGAGGGAGAGAGGGAGGGAGUGGAAGGACUGCCAAGAAGAAGGGUCUCCACAACAAGAACAUCAACGUACACGCAGCCUUUAUUCACGUCGUGGGAGAUCUCAUACAGAGCAUCGGCAUUGUUAUUGCUGGUUACAUCAUCUGGUUCAAGCCGAGAAUGGAAGCUGGCGGAGUCCAAUUUGCACCAUUCCAUGUUCUCCAUUCUGGUAUCUGUUUUCCACCAUCAACAUUCUGAGGACACGCUGCGAGUCCUCAUGGAGGUCUAUGCAUCGCCAAUAGCUAUAGUUGUGUGUGAGCCAGUGCUUGAGCAAAU